GUUUGGUUGACAUUUAAUUAUAUUUACAUUGUUUUUAUCCAACAAAUAAAUAAAUAACAAUGCCUGAUUGUAGCGAGAAUUUUGAAAAAGAAAUAUCCGAUGGAAAAAAUGCCAGAAGUAUAAAGUGUAAAUACUGCAACUCGGUUAUUUUAACCCCAUUAUGUGCUUCUUUCUCAUCUUUUGAGUUUCAGUUACCAUUAAUGAAACAAACUAAGAACAGCGAGGAUAAUCCAGAAAAAGAAACCGUGUCCCUUUUCUGGGCAGUGACAGACAUGUUUACUUUUCAAAAUGUUGGUUUUUCAAAUACAGUGGGUACAACAAAAUAUCUAACAUGUGCAGACUGUGAAUUGGGCCCAAUAGGAUAUCAUGAUUUGUCGAAUAAAAUGAGUUAUGUUGCACUUACAAGAGUAUUACAUAGUUAGGUGGAGCUAUUUUUUAACAUCAGCAGAGAUUCAUAUUGGGCAAUCCUAUUUGAGCUACCAUUUUCUUUUAUUUUAGGAAGUUUUAUUGGGCAUUAUGAGUUAAUGUAACUUGGGGCUGUUAUAGCCAAAGUGGUAUAGGUCAUGUUACUGUCAUUUAGGAAAAAAAGUGUGUAAUUAAAAAAAACAUACAAUUAAAAAAUUUUAUUUUAUUGUUAAAUAAGUAGGGUUGUUGUAUAUAAAUGUAAAUUACUUUUCUUUUGUAAAUAUGGAAGUAUAUGUUAUCAUCAACGCCUCCAAUCUUCAUACAUGAAUAGUGGUCAAACUUCAAAGUUUCCAUGAACCUAAUUAUUCAGAUUUAAUCCAUCUUAGUGCCACAUACUGAUUGAGAUAUAUAUGCUAUGAAUUUCCUGUGCAAAGAUUUCUGAACCUUUCUAAACUGAUUUUAGAAUUACAUUUCAGGACACUGCCUCUUGUAGGUGUGACUAGCAAUGAGUACAAAAUGAUGUUUUCAUAUAAAUGUUUCUUUGUAAUUAAGAGUUAAUUUUUAAUACAGCACAUCAAAUAAAUUUCUAGAGUUAAAAUUUAUUUUUCUCUUUGUAUUUAUUUCACUCUUUAUCAUCGUUAUUUGAAAUUUCCUGUGAAGAAUCUUCAGUUUAUGUCCCAAUUGUAUCUUGAUAUGGAAGAAAUAGUUAGAACAGUUAACAUCAAUUUGAGAUUCCACAUUUAUUUUUUUCAUUCUGACCUUUAUUAAACCUAUUGUAAAUUUCCAAUUUAGUGCAUGUCUCUGUCUGUAGCAUAACUAGUAUAUAGUAUGGCAGAAACUUUAGAUACAAUGAGUUUAAUUAUGCAAAAAGUUCUCACUUAUACCAUUUGGCUUUGACAGCAUCAUUCCAUAAAUUGCCCAAUAAACAUACAAAUGGUUACAACAUACUAGAAAUUAAUUAAAUAUUGUUUUAUUUUUUAAUUAAAAAUAUCCAAAUAACUUUCUGUGACACUAGUAUAAGUGAGAAAGUGCAAAUUACUUAGAUUCAUAAUGUACUGACAUGUAUUCUUAUAUUGUAAUGAUAUAUCAGGUAUAUAUUAUUUUUAAACACAGUAAAAUAUGAGAUAUUCAAGUUUUUGUAUAGUGUGUAAUCAAUAUCCAGAAGAGUAAGCUGUACUAAUGUUCCUAAACAUUCUUUAUUUUAUUAUAGCUUGUCUCAAAAUAUAUUGUCGUGGUUUUCGCAAGUUAAGGGAUUAGUGUUAUUAUUGCUAUUGUCAUCAAUGGAAUAACCACAGUUAUUGGUUCUUAGUGAGAAAACAUCAGAGGAGGGCACUAGGUAAAAAUAAUAAUACAGCCAUUUUAUUUCAAG